GGUCCUGGGGAUAGUUGGCCAUGCUCUCCCCCAGCUGAAGCAGACAGUGAGAGAAGCCUUUAAAAACAGAGUCACAUUGACCCGCGCUGACCAGCACCGUCUGCAACACGGAGACUGCAGGACGAGGAGACGCUACUUUAACAUUGAGUGACCUGAAGGAGUGGAAGCAGAAUUCAACAUGAAGACGAUGCGGGUCCAGAGCAGAGCGGGUAAAGGUCUUUUUGGCUGAUCUCAGAGCAGAGCGCAGAUGUUGGUGAGGAAGUAGGAACUGGUGCCAUCCGACCAAUCAGCAGCCGCGUGUCAUGAUGACCUCACGGCCUGCAGGUCGAGGAAGUGCAGUGUGUAUAUAAGCUGGUGUCUCAGACGAUCUGAUCAUCUUCUGAUCUGACCAUCAGAAACUCGACACACACUUCUCUGCUUCAUCUGAACGCGACGUCAGUGAAAACCUCCAGUCUUCAUCAUGUCUCGUCCAGCCGGCGAAUCAAACAAACACAAGGGGCGCUACAGUGAGCCGGUGCCGACCUCCAACCUGGUGAACGAUGAAGAGGACUUCCCCGAGUUUGAACCUUUCGACGAGGAGGCCGGUCCCAGGAGUUACGCUCCCUCAGCCGGCGGUCUGGCGGCGGUCAGCGUGGACAUGUGUCAGCCCAUCAACAAACCGAACCACUACACCACCGCCUACGACAUCCCCAACCUGGUGGUCCGCCGCGGUCAGGAGUUCGUCAUAAGGGUCUUCUUCAACCGCCAGCUGGGCCAGGGGGACGACUUCCAGGUGGAGUUCCUAAUCGGCUCCAACCCCUCUCCCAGUAAGGGUACCCUGAUUGCGGUGACCUUCGGCUCCCGUACUGGCGGCCCGUGGUCGGGUCGGAUCCUGGAGAUUCAGGGAGAGUCGGCGAUGUUGGGAGUCACGCCGACCGCCGACGCCGUGGUGGGGAAGUUCCGUACCUACGUCGCCGUCGUGGCGGGGAACGGUAUGCAGAGAACCAAGAGGGACGCCAGGAGCGACAUGUACCUGCUGUACAACGCCUGGUGCCCAGAGGACGACGUGUUUGUCCCCGAUGAAGGAGAAAGGAGGGAGUACGUCCUGAACGACUCUGGUGUGAUCUACCAGGGGGCGGUUGGAGCCGUGUCGCACCGCAACUGGAUGUACGGACAGUUUGAACGAGGUAUUCUGGACGCCUGCAUUUACAUCCUGGACUGUUCUCGGAUGCCGAUCUACAACCGAGGCAACGCCAUCCAGCUGGUCCGGAAGGGGUCGGCCAUGAUUAACUCUCAGGAUGAUAACGGCGUGUUGGUCGGUAACUGGAGCGAGGAUUACUCGAUGGGCCGGCCUCCAACGGUUUGGACCGGCAGCGUCCAGAUCCUGCUGCAGUACGCCAACACUGGAGUCCCGGUCUGCUUCGCCCAGUGCUGGGUGUUCGCCGGAGUCUUCAACACCUUCCUGCGUUGCCUCGGCAUCCCGUCCAGGGUCAUCACCAACUUCAGCUCGGCUCACGACAACACGGGCAACCUGAAGACCGACCUGAUCUUCAAGAUGGACGGAACUCCAGACCGACGCCACACCAGGGACUCCAUCUGGAACUACCACUGCUGGAACGAGGUGUUCAUCCUGCGUCACGACCUCCCGUCCAACCUCAGCGGCUGGCAGGUGGUGGACGCGACGCCCCAGGAGACCAGCGACGGACAUUACCGCUGCGGUCCGUCUUCUGUCGCCGCCAUCAAGGAUGGUCUUCUCUGUCACCCGUUCGACUCCGGGUUCGUCUUCGCUGAGGUGAACAGCGACGUGGUCUUCCAUAAGCGGGAUCGUUACGGGACUCUGAGCGCGUACCGCGUGGAUAAGACUCACGUUGGUCAGUGCAUCUACACCAAGGCUGUGGGCAGCUACUCACCUAAUGACAUCACAUACACCUACAAGUACCCUGAAGGUUCUUCACAGGACGCCACGGUGAUGCUACUGGCCGAGGAGUACGGCUGUUUGAGGGAUCACUCCGAGCUGCCUGAGGCUCAGAUGUCUGUUUCCAUCAGCUGUGAGCAGGUCCAGCUGUCCCAGGACGUGCACCUGGCCGUGGUUUUCAACAACCACAGUAACAUCCCCAGAACGGUCAAGGCUCACCUGGCCGGGUCGGUCGUCUUCUACACCGGCGUCACCUCCAACCACUUCAAGGACUACGACUUCACCGUGGUCGUGGCCGCCGGCCAGACGGAGCGUGUGAUGCUGACGGUUACAGCUGCAGAGUACAUGCCUCACCUGGGCUCUCAGCUCUGUCUGCACUUCGUCGUGACCGGACAGGCUGACGAGCAAUCGCUGACCGCCAUCAAGGAUGUGGAGCUGCAGACCACCAGCCUCACCAUGACGGUGAGCGGGCAGCCUCAGGUGCAGCAGGAGAUGUUCGUGACCGUCUCCUUCACCAACCCUUACGCCUUCCCCCUGAUCAACGCAAACCUGGCCAUGGAGGGACCCGGACUGAUGAGCUACAGGACUCGUUUCUACAGUGAGAUUCAACCUGGAGCUUCGAUCUCCUGGAAGGAGUCCUUCAUCCCUCGGCUGGACGGGCCGCGUCGCCUGGUGGCUGUGAUGGUGUCCGACAACCUCCAGCAGAUGUAUGGAGAGACCGAUAUUUACAUUAAAGCCGCGUGAUUGGUCCAUCGAGCUGUGACCCCGCCCCCUUGCAUUUUCCCUCACGCUUUCACCAAUCACAGCAGCUUCACACUGAGAGGGGCGGAGCCAGAAAAAAAUGCAAAUGAUUUUUCUUGAUGAUUCUUCUUUAAAAUCUAAUCCUAAAUAAAACAAUGAUAUGAAAAUGAUGAUUGUGUCCACACAUGAGGGAUGUUAGUGUGACAGAAAUGAAGAUUAGGAAAGUUUGGCCCUGUAGUUCCAUAUCUCUCAUGAAUGCACCUUAUCUCAUAUUUCAAAGUAAAUCUGAGGAAUUUGUCUUUUAAUAUUUCAGUUAUCCCAUGUCAGUAAAAUCUGUGUUUAGAUGAAACCCUGAAAUGGAUCUGAUCAGAGUGUUUUCCUGUUUAAGAUUGAGAGAGUUAAACAUAGAGAGAGUCUGGCUUCAGGUCAGACUCAGAUAUCCUCCCAGCCUCCUCUGUCUUCAGAGUUUUAAUGUUCUUUGUCUUUGUACCUUUAAUUCCUUUAUCCAUGCUCAACCUUUCUGCUGACAAUAAAGCAUCAUUAAAAAACACUGA